CUGCCCGCCCUUUUUGUCCCCGGGCGCGUUCCGUAGCGCGUGCGGCGGCGGCCGCAGCCCCAGCCCCGGCCCCUCCUCUCUGCGGCUCGCGCCGCCGCGCGAUUGUGCGGGUGAGGAGGGCGAGGGGAGAGGGGGGAAAAGGAGCGCGGGGCGGGAGCGAGCGCGGCCGCGCGCACGCCCCCGCCGUUGCCGCCGCCGCGCGCGCCUGGCCCCGCUCGGCUCCGCUCGCAGCGACUCGCAGGCGCCAUGGCGGCCGCUCGCAGCGACAUGGCGGAGCCGGAGGGGUUGCUUCCCGGCGAGGCGGCGGCCGCCGCCGGCGCCGCAGCGGCCGAGGAGGAGGAGGCCGGGGCUGGAUCCUCGUCGUCGCCUUCCUCCGCGGCGGCGGCCGCCGCGGAGACGGAGUCGCUGCUGCUGCUGAACGGCGAGGCGGAGAGCAUGUCGGAACCGAGCCCGGAGAGCGCCAGCCAGGCCGGGGACGGGGAGGACGAGGAUGAGGAAGAGGAGGAGGAAGAGGAGGAGGAGGAGGAGGGCGGCGAGGAGGAGGAGAGCAGCCUGGUGGGGAGCAGCAGCACGAGCAGCGGCUGCUGCAGCGACGAGACCCGCUCGCUGAGCCCCGGCGGCAGCAGCGAGGCCGACGCCAAGGAGGAGCCGAAGGGCCCCCGGGGCAGCCAGGAGGACGGGCUGGGCCGCGGCGGCGGCGGAGGAGGCGGCGGCGGCGGGGGGAGCAGCUCCAGCAGCGUGUCCAGCGGUGGCGACGAGGGCUACGGCACCGGCGGCGGCGGCAGCAGCAGCGGCAGCAGCAGCUGCAGCGCCACGUCGGGGGGCCGGCGGGGCAGCCUGGAGAUGUCCUCGGACGGGGAGCCCCUCAGCCGCAUGGACUCGGAGGACAGCAUAAGCAGCACUAUUAUGGACGUAGAUAGCACAAUUUCCAGCGGGCGUUCAACUCCAGUUAUGAUGAAUGGACAAGGUGUUCCUGCCUCCUCCGCAAAAAGCAUUGCUUAUAACUGUUGUUGGGACCAUUGCCAUGCUUGCUUCAGCUCCAGCCCGGAUUUGGCAGAUCACAUUCGCUCCAUACAUGUGGAUGGUCAACGAGGAGGGGUGUUUGUUUGCUUGUGGAAAGGUUGCAAAGUAUAUAAUACACCUUCAACAAGUCAAAGUUGGUUGCAGAGGCAUAUGCUGACACACAGUGGGGACAAACCUUUCAAGUGUGUAGUUGGUGGGUGCAACGCCAGCUUUGCAUCUCAGGGAGGACUUGCCCGUCAUGUGCCCACACACUUCAGCCAGCAGAACUCUUCAAAAGUUGCCAGUCAGCCAAAGGCCAAAGAGGAAUCUCCAUCUAAAGCUGGAAUGAAUAAAAGAAGAAAGUUAAAGAACAAGAGACGACGAUCUUUACCGAGACCUCAUGACUUCUUUGACGCGCAAACACUGGAUGCUAUAAGACAUCGAGCCAUCUGCUUUAACCUCUCAGCACAUAUAGAAAGUUUAGGAAAAGGCCACAGUGUUGUAUUUCAUAGUACUGUAAUAGCUAAAAGAAAAGAAGAUUCUGGAAAAAUAAAACUCUUGCUUCAUUGGACACCAGAGGACAUGUAUCCAUCUCGUAUUGCUGCUUCUUUGGAUACUCUCACCAGAGCUUGGAAUACUCCUCCAGCAUGUUUGGCUCCUUUUUUCUCAUGUUUUUUUAAAGUUCUACCUUGUUCCAAACGAGUAGCCUCGUGUGUAAUGCAGGACAAAGGUAUUGCCCUCAGUCUGCCUGAUGUGUGGGUAAAUGAAAGUGAACGACAUCAGUUAAAAACUAAAGUAGUUCAUUUAUCAAAACUACCAAAAGAUACUGCCUUGCUUCUGGACCCAAACAUAUACAGAAAUUCUAGUAAAGGAGGUACAUACAGUGGAAUCCUGAAAGAUCACUUCUGUUAAGAUCACAUACUGAACGAUGCCCCAGAAGAGGUUGAAGAGGUAAAAACCAAGAAAGUGGGGACACCUGCAGUCUUAGUCACUGACAAUGGAUUUAGAAAUAAAGUUGCACAUUAGUCAAAUCCCAUCCUUUUUUUUUUUCUUAGAUAAAUAUUUAUGCUUAGUGUAAACAUUCUGUGAAUGAAGUUGAUGCUUCCGUGGAAUAUAUUAAUAUAUUACUGUAUAUCCACAUUUUCAUGGAAUGGUACAGUGGGAGACUGAGCGAACACUCUUCUGGCAACUUAGUGGAACAACUAAAAGGCUUUGCAUGCUUGCUUCUUUAAGCUGCUUUUUUCUUUAGUGAAUACAGUAGUUUAUAUUUGAUGGAAAGAAAAAGUAACCAUCACCGUUUACUCACAAUUCCCAGGAGACCUGUUAACAAGCUAUUAGACUUCUUGUCACUGUUAACUAAAUAUAACACAUGACAGACAAUAAAACAGCUACCAAGGGAUUAUUCUGUUGCCCUUUGAGUAUGGUGGAUAGUAAUCAUUCGUCAUUUGUAAUCUCGUGUCCUUUUGCAGAUCCCUAAAAUAUGUUGGAUUAUAAUGUUUAAACAAAUGUUGAUGGAAUGCUUGUCUUUUCCAAUCAACUAUGAAUACAUAUAGUACGGUUUAAAGAUGUUAAGAGUGUUGCAGUAUGUCUGACCCCCUUUUCAGGAGUAGUAUAGUAUGUUAAUGAGAUCUGCCUUUAUGUGAUCCGUAUCAAUGGACGGUUUUUGAAAAACCUCUACUUAAGCAGUUAGUGUUAUUGGUGUUUUAUUUUACUUUUUUGACCCUUUAGCGUCCCCAUUCACUUGUAAAGUAUACGUUUUUUUUUAUUUGGCCUAAUGUUUUCUAGAUGUAAAGAAAAUGGUAUUUUUAAAAAAAAUAAUCUAGAAAUUCAAUCCUUUAUGCACCAAAGUUGGCUUUGAAAAGGAAAGUAAAAUCAUUUUCUUGCUUAAUAAGCAAGAAGCCAUGGAUUUUUUUAACUGACAAAUAGAGAUGUGUCUAACCUGUUAGUCUUUGUAUGGAGACAAAAAUGUUGCAUAUAGAUAAUAGGACAUUGCUUGUAAAUAUUUCAGCAGAUUUGUAAUAUAUUUUUAUAUUAUGAAAUGUACUGUAGAUGUUUUUCUAGAGGCAUGAAAGUUAAAAUGUAUAUAUUACGGUAGAAAUAAUAUUGAAGGAUAUUGUAAUUCACUAGUGCUGCCAGAAGAAUUGUUUAAAAAAAAAAAAAAAGCACCUUCCUUAACAAUAAAAAAACCUUCUUUUACAUACCUAAGGGACUAUAUACUACUGUUAAUAUCUGUUGUAAGAACAAAAAUACAUUGAACAUCCUUCCCAGAAAUCUUAGAGGGAUGAAUAGUACCCAUAAUUAAUUCAUGGCGCUCCUUUCUAAUAGUGAACAUGAAAUUAGUUUUUUCCUUACUAUUGGAAGGAACUAAUAUGUAAAAUUUGUAUGGAUAUAUGCAGUCAAACUGCAGAGUUAGUCCUCCUUAUUGGGGAGGAAUUUACUACAGUGAAACUAAUAA